CCACACCUCCGACCCGCCCACUGGGGCUGGCCUGAGCCUCCGUGGGCAGGCAAGUGGGCAGGAGGGCUGGAGCCGGCAGGAAGGCCAUGGAAGGCACCGCCGAGCCCGUGCUCUACCACAAGCUACAGCUCUGGGAGCCCAGUGUGGAGGAGGAAGAGGAAGAGGAAGAAGCAGAGGAAGAGACAGUAGAGCCACUUGUCCCCUACCCCUGGCAGCCCCAGGACUACGCCCGAUACAAGUUUGCUGGGCUGCCCGGCACCUGCGCCCGCAUUGCCGCCGCGCUCUUGCUGUUGGUCGUUGCCUGCUCCCUGGCCAUUAGGCAGCUCCAAGCCAGGGAUGACUCUAACUCGGACCCCACAGCCCUGCCCCCUGGGGGACACACUCACCACUCUGGCGUUUACCAUCAUGCGGCCAUCAUCAGUCCGGCAGCCACGUGCUCCCACUUGGGCCAAGAGCUGCUUGUUGCAGGGGGUAACAUCGUGGAUGCCGGAGUGGGCGCUGCUCUGUGCCUGGCAGUGGUACACCCUCACACCACAGGGCUAGGUGCCGUGUUCUGGGGCCUCUUCCACAACAGCUCCUCGGGCAAUUCCACAGCCCUGACAUCAGGCCCGGCCAAGGCGCUGGCCCCUGGCCUGGGGCUGCCAGCCACCCUGCCCACCCUGCACUUGCUGCACGCACGCUUUGGCCAUCUGUCCUGGCCACACUUGCUGCUGGGGCCCACCAAGCUGGCUCAAGAGGGCUUCACGGUGGACGCCACUCUGGCAAAGGCUCUGGCGGCCCAGGGUACAGGAAACCUGUGUCCCCUACUGUGCCACGCCGAUGGCACGCCCCUGGGUCUUGGGGCCAGAGCCACCAACCCACAGCUGGCAGAUGUGCUCCGCAGAGCGGCGCAUGCCCCCACCCCAGACCUCGCUGGGGAGGCCCUUCUGAGCCUGUUGGCCAGAGACCUGGGGCUGGAGGCACCUUCCACGGGACCUGUUCCCACCUUGUUGCCAGCCCUGCAGCUCCCCGUGCCCCAGGGGCUUCUGCUCACCACACCCAGCCCCUCAGCUGGCCCAGAAAUGCUAAUGAAGCUAGAAGCAGCUCUACACUCCAAAGGACCCAGCCCUGACCCCUGCCCAUCACUCCUGCCAACUGCCGGGUCCCUUGGCAGCAGCGUCCUGGCCACCGUGGACAGCAGCGGCUCCGUGCUCCUCCUCACCUCCUCCCUCAAUGGCUCUUUUGGCUCCGGACACCUGUCACAGAGCACGGGGGUUCUGCUCAGCAACCUGGGGGCAGGAGCUACGCCCAGCACCUGGGCCUGCCCCCUCAUCCUCCGUGGCAGCCCCGGUGACACAGAGGCUGAUGUGUUGGGACUGGUGGCUUCAGGGACCCCACAGAUGGCCAAAGCCGUGACUCAUGCUUUGUUCAGCUACCUGGCAGGGACGCAAACCCAGCAGCAGCAGGGGCCAACAGGGAGCCCCAGGACUUGUGGCCAAGGGACCCUGCUCCAAGUUGCCGCCUAUGCAGAACACGCUCAUGUCUCCAGUGUCCCCAAAGGCUGCUGUCCCUUCCAGGGGCUCUAAGGUGGGGGGGGCACAGGGACGGCAUCUGGCAGGGAACAGACUUGCUGUCUCCAAGCCUGGGAGCAGGAGCCAGCAGGACAAG